GCCGCCAUUUUGGGGUGUUCUGUUCUGGCGGCAGCGACAGCGGCGGCGGGACGCGGAGGCUCCCCCGGGACUCGGCCUCAGCAGCGAGGCGGCGGCGGCUGCGGAGGCGCAGGCAGCAGCUGAGGUAGCGGCGGGCUCAGGUGCAGCCGCUGAGUGAAGACAUAGCCCAGAGAGGGAGGUGUAAAGCUACAGCCCUGCCUGUUUCUGUGGCACUCACUGCUGGUUUCCCUGAGCUCCUGUUUCCACUUUGUGUUUUUGUGGGGCCCAGGAAGCUAAAGCUGUGUGUAUUUGUGGAUCAGACAAGUGCAGCAAGUUAAUAUCAUUGGCUUCUGAAGGGGAGAGUGAGGUGAUGGCUGCGUUUAAGUUGGAUUUCCUUCCAGAAAUGAUGGUGGAUCAUUGCUCUUUGAAUUCCAGUCCCGUCUCAAAGAAAAUGAACGGCACCCUGGACCACCCAGAUCAACCGGAUCUUGAUGCUAUCAAGAUGUUUGUGGGCCAGGUUCCGAGGACCUGGUCUGAGAAGGAUUUGAGGGAACUCUUUGAACAGUAUGGUGCUGUCUAUGAAAUCAACGUCCUAAGGGAUAGGAGCCAAAACCCUCCUCAGAGCAAAGGGUGCUGUUUUGUUACAUUUUACACCCGCAAAGCUGCAUUGGAAGCACAGAAUGCUCUUCACAACAUGAAGGUCCUCCCAGGGAUGCAUCAUCCUAUACAGAUGAAACCUGCCGACAGUGAGAAGAACAAUGCAGUGGAAGACAGGAAGCUGUUUAUUGGUAUGAUUUCCAAGAAGUGCACUGAAAAUGACAUCCGAGUCAUGUUCUCUUCAUUUGGGCAGAUUGAAGAGUGCCGAAUAUUGCGGGGACCUGAUGGACUGAGCCGAGGUUGUGCGUUUGUGACUUUCACAACAAGAGCCAUGGCACAGACAGCUAUCAAGGCAAUGCACCAAGCACAGACCAUGGAGGGUUGCUCAUCCCCCAUGGUGGUAAAAUUUGCUGAUACACAGAAGGACAAAGAACAGAAGAGAAUGGCCCAGCAGCUCCAGCAGCAGAUGCAGCAAAUCAGUGCAGCAUCUGUGUGGGGAAACCUCGCUGGUCUGAAUACUCUCGGACCCCAGUAUUUAGCACUUUAUUUGCAGCUCCUUCAGCAGACUGCCUCUUCUGGGAACCUCAACACCCUGAGCAGCCUCCACCCAAUGGGAGGGUUAAAUGCAAUGCAGUUACAGAAUUUGGCUGCACUAGCUGCUGCAGCCAGCGCUGCUCAGAACACACCAAGUGGUACCAGUGCUCUCACUACAUCCAGCAGUCCCCUCAGCGUACUCACCAGUUCAGCAGGGUCUUCACCAAGCUCCAGCAGCAGCAGCUCCGUCAACCCCAUCGCCUCCCUUGGAGCCUUGCAGACAUUAGCUGGAGCGACAGCAGGCCUCAAUGUCAGCUCUCUGGCAGGGAUGGCUGCUCUGAAUGGCGGCCUGGGCAGCAGUGGCCUUUCCAAUGGCACUGGGAGCACCAUGGAGGCCCUCACACAGGCCUACUCGGGGAUCCAGCAGUACGCUGCCGCAGCGCUUCCCACUCUGUAUAACCAGAAUCUGUUGACACAGCAGAGUAUUGGUGCUGCUGGAAGCCAGAAGGAAGGUCCCGAGGGAGCCAACCUGUUCAUCUACCACCUGCCCCAGGAGUUUGGGGAUCAGGACCUGCUGCAGAUGUUUAUGCCCUUCGGGAAUGUCGUGUCGGCCAAGGUGUUUAUCGACAAGCAGACGAACCUGAGCAAGUGUUUCGGUUUUGUAAGUUACGACAAUCCUGUUUCGGCUCAAGCUGCCAUCCAGUCCAUGAACGGCUUUCAGAUUGGCAUGAAGCGGCUUAAAGUGCAGCUCAAACGUUCGAAGAAUGACAGCAAGCCCUACUGAACGUGCUCCCCUCUGAGACUGGAGUGAGAGGGUCUUCUGGUAAGUUGGGGAGGAGCACCCUUAAUGAUUCGAAGCCCUAAGGCUGUGUGUUGACAGCCCUGGACCCUGAUCCCUGCCACUCUCGCAGGCACAGCUUGCCCUGAAGACUCGGCUACUGCCUUCUGUGGGAGUUUCGCUUCGUACAGAGGACAAGUUUGUGCUUUGGUUUCCAGUGUUUUACUUUGGAGUUUAGGUGCCAUAUCCUGAGUUUUUUUCUUUAUUUAAAGUUUGCUGUGUUUGUAACCAGUGUGUGUUGAGAAGGACCAACAUCAAACUGCCCUGGGGGAGGAGAGGGGAUGGAGAAACAUCAAAAAAGAAGAUCAGAACUUGCCCCAAAUUCCCCCAAGAGAGAGGAUUGAAUGAAACCAAAAACUGACCCCUAGAAUCUCCUUAAGUGCGAGAGCGGAUGAAAUGAGAACUAACGUCCAAUAGCUGGGGGCUUGGAGCGGGUGGGGGUGGCUUUGGAGGAGAGGGAGAGGGGCUUGACACCCAGCGGCCCUUGGAGCUGCAGGCUGAAACUCCUCCCUGGCUGCCCUCUGAGUUCUUGCCACCAGUUUUUCAGAUUCUUGAUUAGGAUUUCUGUCCCUCUUUCCCAAGAAGGGGCUAACGAUUCUCUGGAAAUAAAGCACCUGUUAAAUUAGCCUGACAUGCAAAAAAAGGGAGACUUCACCCAUUACCAGCUUCCCCAGCUAGCCGUUGGUGUUGGGUUCGCCCUGCCUCGCUGGUGGCUGUUAGAAAGAAGCAUCUGGUCAAAGAGGUAAUUUUUGGUUUAUGUCAACACCAGAUCGUUAGCCCGCAGCCCGUUUCUAAGAGGUCCUGGUAGAGAAGGCCUCUAAGGAAAUGCUCGGGGCUGCUUCCCUGUAGCUGACCAGGCAAGUACCAUCACUUCCGUCGCAGCCACAGCUUUCUCAGGAGGGCAGAACCAAGAAGGGCUUAGAGGACCCGGCUGAAGGGGCACCUCUCCUGAGCAGAGGAAUCAAAAGCCAUCGAGUUAGGGGAGAAGGAGCCUGCUUCUGGGUGAGCCUGCAUCAGAAGGGCCCUUCCAGCCAGUGCUGUAUUUGCCAGUGGCCAGCACUUAGUGCUUCAAAGGAUUAAGAAAUCAACGCUUGCCUCCUUGAGUGAGGUGUCCCAGACAUAGUGUUCUCGCCAAGGCAGGCCCCUCUUCUAACCACUCCAGCCCCAUCUUCUGCUCUUGGAGACAGAGGAGACAACAGGACGUUUACAGCCUCCGUAUGGAUUUAGUGUUCAUUUACCUCAGUAUUACCGUGUUCAUUUUUGUCCUCGUGCUUACAGUUAGCUCCCCGCUGCCUCCCACGGUCUCACUCCAGCUCUUGCCUGUGACCCACCCAGCCUCUGGGCUCGGCCUUUGCUCCAAGAACUGCUGUGGGGGGAGAGAGCCAGGAAGGACCUGCUGUUGGGAAUGGGCACCUGCGCACAGGUAGCCUUGUUAGGAUACGACUCUUAGCCAAGGCUAGGGACUGGGUCCCUGCGAUCCUAAACUUCACAGACAUCGGCUUGACCCCUAGCAGCAGAGAUGAGAUGAAAGGAGUUGGUUCACAAGUAAGUCGGAUGGGGGCUCUCUCCUUGUCACGCUGUCCAUUUGGUUAGACAGGGAUUGACCAUCUUGCUGUCAUACGGGUAGUUGGUGGUGUUGGAUUAUCCCAUGCAAGCUGGGACAGCUGUUCCCUUCGCAUAGUGAUAACUGGGGUCUGUUGUCCUCUAAGAAACAAACAUGAAACACACUUCUUAGCUGAACCACGUAAACUUGAAUUCUGCGCACUGGGUGAAAUGUGUCCUGUGUUUCAAGGAUAAAACUGUUCCAAAGGCUUCCAGGGUCAUGAUGGGAUUUUUUAAAUAAAUGCAAAAAAUAAAAAUAAAAAAGAAAAAAGAAAACAAAAAAAGAAAAAAAUGCUAGGUUGGGGAGGCGCUGUUCUGAAUCCCAACCGGCUGGAACCAAGAAUGUCGUUUCUAUUUUUAUAGAAGUUUUAUACAGCUCCGGGGUGGAGAAUAUUUAUUACCUAAAUUAUAUCUCUGGAAAAGGCCAGGAUUUUGUAGAAUCCAGAAUGUGAUUGUUAUACACACAGGGUGCUGUGUAUGAUUGAAACUACUGACUUUCUGUGGCCUGUUUGCAGCCCAGCUAAUCUGCCAGAGGGGGAAGGAGUUAAUGCUGUGACUUGGCGGAGGAGAGAGUUGUGCUCUCAGGUGCUGCGGUGCUGUGAUUGCUAACCUGCUGUUCUGUCUUCCUCCUCGGCCAUCGUGGGGUUUUCCAAAGCCCAGAACUCCACUCCGUUCCCACUUUCUCCCUUCUCUCCCUCCUCCCCCAUUUCACCAUUAUUGUCCAAGGAUUUGUCCCGUGUGCUGGGACCUUAAGAAACCCCUUUACAAAUGACAGAGGCAAAGGUGCGACCAGCCCGUCUUUGAUACCAGACCCUGAGGUUUCAUACCUGCUCGUGGGUAGGUUCUCUUUUCUAAAAAGAGCGUGUGCCCCAGGAGGGCCCUGGGCUGCCACGGCCGCCAGCUGGUGAGACCGGGCACUUGUGUCUGUCCUCUUCUCCCCUGCCCAGUGAGUUAGCACAGCAGCACUGCCCUUGAGCACAGUUCUCUCCCCAGGCCAAAGAUGGUUUGUGAAGAAGCUGCUCCCCUAUCAGUCUCACCGUGUGAAAGGGUUCAGCUCGGAGAGUGGAGACUCGCAGUCAAGUCUUAAGCAAUCCUUUACUGUUGUGUGGGGGUUUCACUUACAUAAAUGUGUUUUCUGCUGUAGUUUUGUUUCUUACUUGGGUUUCAUCAUGAAAUUGAUUUGCCUUGAAUGCAGCCAGACACUGUCUCCUGGGUCCCACCUGAGUGGCCAGGGCCUGUGUGGAAGCUAAGAGCUUGGAUUUCUGGGAGCAAAGGGCCAUCCCCAUAGGAUUGAGGAGAAAUCCUGGCCCUCUCCCCUACAGAAUUCUCCCACCCCAGCCAGCGUCUCCUGCUCUCUCCCUGGGUUUUGACCAGGGAGUUGGGCGAGAGGCUGAGACUCUGCCCCACCAGAGACCUUCUCAGACAUGUUCGGAUGCUUCGGGGGAAAUCCAAGCCUUAGGUUCCCUUCUGUCUCUGGCAAUUGGAUGUUUUCUUGGUGUCCUCCAUGUCCUUUUGACUUUUCCCUGUGUCCAUUGUUAGCAUGUGCAAAAGUUCCCUGUCAUUACCCAGCCCCUGCCCCACCCGCCUCCUCAUUUCAGGACUGUACACAGUGAGUGUUCUGUUCUCUCUCUCUUUGUUUGGAUGUAUUGCUCUGUGUAACUCAGUGGGUCUCCCUCUUUCUGGUUUGUUUUUUUUUCUAGAUUCCUGCCGUUUGUUCAUCGUUGUGCCUAAAGCAUGUCGAUGUGGCGUCAAGUACAUCGUCCAAAUCCCUGUCUCUUCAGCUUCUCUGAUGCUUGAACUCUCACCUUUGACCUUGUGUUGACCUUUGAUGCUGACGUGUAUUUUUAUUAUGUUUGUUUCUUUCUUUGUUUUUUCUUUUUUCUCUCCUUUUUUUUCUUUUGUGCUGCCAAAUUGGUUUUGCUAGAACGACUGCUGAAGGGGAAAUAUUUAAACUUGCAUUUGAAUAUAAAAAAAAUCUAUUUUUCUAGAACUUCAUAAGAUAACCACUUGAUUUUGUGAUUCCAAUUCUUUGUAACUGUCUUCAGAGCAGCCCUACUAGCACAUACCGCGUGGUGUUUGUGUUUCUGUGAACACACAGCCAGUCCCUUCCUAGGCUUUGUUUCUCUGUGCUUAGUUUUAAAGACAACUUUGAAGUAAACAAUGAAAUAAAAGAUGUCACUAAAACCUUUGAGGCUCCUGAGCACAUUUUGCUGAUACAGUUGAUGGGGCUUGAGGAGACCGCAUGUGUUCUUGUUUUUGUUUCUGAGUUCUCAGCUGCAGAAAACACCAGAACCCCCUUUCCUUUUUGACAGCAGCUGCAGUUUGGGCCCCAGCCAGCCCUUUUUCUUCUGUGGUUCUUCCUUGCAGCCACCCUGCGACCUGCAGGGAGCCUUCAGGUCCCUCCGGCCCCCGGCCCCUUCCCCUUGGGCCACUGUCCCCACCCCCAUGCUUGUUUCUACAGUCUCCACAGCAAAAUGUGAUGCUUUGAUUUUUUUUCUGUUUUUGUAUUGUUUUUGUGUUUUUGUUUUGAAUUUUUUCCUUUCCUACUAAGAUUAUGCCCAGAAAAAACAAGUUUUGCAUGUUUCCUGCUGUUUCUUCACACCUUCGUAUAUAUCACCUUCACCUCUCUGUUUUCUAUAGUUUGUGCAAAAACUGACCGAUUUAAAAGGGUUUCAAAGAAGCUGUUUUAAAUUGUUGUGGGGUUGAUUUUUUUUCAAGAUUGUAUUGUUUUAUUUUGAAGUGGCAACUUUCUCCUCUUUUGCCCUUAGAGCGUUUGCCUGUGCACUUAGACUGUCACCUCAUGUGGCCUCCAGGCCUCAGCGGGGCCUCCAGGAGGCUGGCUGCUCUGCUCAGAGACGGGUUGGGGGGGUGCCCAGAGAGGCACGAGGAGCAGAGAUAGGAUCCAGAAGGUGGCUGCAGGUGGGCAGGAGGCUUAGCGCAUCAGGGGCAGUGAGCAUCCCUCUGCCCAGAAGGAGGGGGGUGCUCCAGCCUCUCGGAGGAGGCCAUCUGUGCACUAACGGCAAUACACCUGCCAGCGCUUUUCCUAGGUGACAAGCACAAUACUACAGUCUUCACACUGUUUACAGCUCUGGCCACCAGCCACCCCACACUGGCUCUUCACCGCAGCUCUGUUAUGGCUUAGCUGGUGGGGUGGGGGUUUGUUUCUUUAAAUUGGGUGAAGAGCCAAAUAGCUACUGUCCCUGGGUGCCAGGCAAGCCAGUUCCUUGGUUCCCUGCGAGGAACUUGCCCUCCUCUCUUGUGGCACCAUCCAGCCUCAGGGUCUUAGGGACUUGAGUGAGAAUGUGAAUGGCGGAGGGAGAGGCCAGAGAUGAGAGGUCACGGGAUGGGUCUGUGGAGGUAAGAGGUUGCCAAGGGAGGAGUUGGUGAUAGAUCCCACGCAGACCUAAGCUGGGUGGGUGGGAGAGCUGGGUAGUAGGAUUGUCCAGGGAAGGUGGGUGGUGAGGGGUAGCUGAGGGACGGGGGAGGGGGUGGGGAAGGUAGAGGCACUGUUAGCGUCAUCGGUGCUGGGGUUGCUGAAGGAAGGGGUCCCAGCAGAAGUUCUGCUCUGGGGCCCGGGGUGGCCUAGUAUUAUGCUUGAGGCCGCUCUUACUGGGAGGAAAGGGCGGCCAAAUGGAGGCCCAGUGUAUGGUAGGCUGCCUCGUUUCCUGGAAGGGGUGAUUGGGUGGAAAGAGGCCAGGAACCCCAGCCUGAGCAAGACUGCCGGGCACCCCACAGUCUGACUGCACAGAGCCGCCUCUGUUGGCAGAAGGCGCGCUGAGGCUCCCCUUCCUGUGUAUUCAGAAUCCGUGUUUGCCAAUAUAUUUUGCUUUCAAUUCCAAGAGGAGCUCUGGGAAAACCUGUGGAUAAAACCAAAUGCCAAAUGUUGGACGUUGUUUCCUUUUCCUUUUCUCUCUGAUUGUUUUAAUUGUUCUGUGGUGGUUUUAAUGGAUUUGAGACCCUGGAGAGGCAGCUGCCUUUCUGAUUUCCAGCUGCUUUUUGUGAAUAAUUUAAAAAGAAAAAAAAAAAGAACCUUUACAUUUUGGAGACAAACCUGUGUGAGUUUUUUAUUGGUACAAACGUUGUAUUUAACACUAGGGGUUUUGUACAGUUUUUUGCCUUUUCUACUAGAAAACAAUGUAAAGUGAUUUCACAAUGUGAAGAGAAAAAAAAUUGCCACUAUGACCAAACGCACAGUCUGUUCUUCAGCAACCACGGGAUUCAAUCAACUCAAAGUCGUGAUUCAGCCGUAGAAACGCUUUUCCUUUACCUUGUUUGAGCUUUUCCUUUCUUUCCUGUUUUGAUUUGCAAAAGAAAAUGUCUUUUUUGUGUGAACUUGUGUUGUACUAUGUAGAAAAUUAUGGAUUUUACUUUAAUGGUUUAAAAAAAAAAAAAAAAGGCAAGAAGAGCCCUUGUCGCUUUUCUGACCUGAUCACAGAGUUUGUGUAGUGGAUUAAAAAAGAAAAAAAAAAUGUUACAAGUUUGGAGCAAGGGAGUAUGUGUUUAAAAGGAAUCUCCUUCCUUUUUUUGUGUGUUUUUCCUUUUGUCCCAAUGGGGAAUCUAAAUCUGUUUUAAUUGCACAGACACACGGACAAAAAGUCAUUUUGUAUCUGCCAAGUGUGGUACCUUCUUCCUUUGUUUAUUUGCUAUUAAACUGUUUGAGAAGAAUUGA